AUGGCGGCUCCCGAAGAUGACAUGUUUUCGUUCUGUGUGGAACCCGUCAAAGUUAGCAGUUGCGUGGAAGUCAAAUUUAUUGAUCAGGUCAAGGGCAAAGGUAUCUUUGCUAAAAAGAGCAUCAAGAAGGGAGAAACCAUUUUCAUUGAACGCCCACUUGUAUCUGCCCAGUUCCUGUGGAACACGUUAUAUAAAUACAAAGCUUGUGAGUUCUGCUUACGUGCAUUGGAAACCGCAGAGGAGAAUGCCAGGAGACUCAGUGGCAUCCCCGGCCUCAGUCUUCCAUACCCUGAGCUGUGCCAAGUGCGGCCUGAGCUGCACCAGGCCUGUCCUCAAUGCCAGGUUAAGUACUGUAGCAAAGAAUGUUUGCAAGCUGCAGCAGACCAAUACCAUCGAGUCCUGUGUUUGGGUCCCUCCCAUGAAGAUCUGAAGCACCCUAUCAACAAACUUCAAGAUGUAUGGAGGAAUAUGCAUUAUCCCCCGGAGACCUCCAGCAUCAUGCUUAUGGCCAGAAUGGUGGCCGUUGUCAAACAGGCCAAAGACAAAGCACACUGGCAGAGGCUAUUUUCACAGUUUUGCAGUCGUACUGCCAAUGAGGAAGAGGAGAUAGCUCACAAGCUCCUGGGAGAAAAGUUCAGAGGACAGUUGGCAUUACUACAAAGUCUCUUUACAACAGCACUUUAUGACGAUUAUCUCAAUAGGUGGUUUACACCAGAGGGGUUUCGCUCUCUGUUCUCUCUUGUGGGGACCAAUGGACAAGGCAUAGGCACCAGUUCUUUAAGUCAGUGGGUUCAUGCCUGUGAUGCACUUGAGCUUCCUGUACAGCAGAGGGAGCAGUUGGAUUCAUUUAUUGACCAGCUUUACAAGGACAUAGAGAAAGAAACUGGAGACUUUCUAAACUGUGAAGGCUCUGGACUUUUCUUGCUUCAAAGCUCGUGUAAUCACAGCUGCAUGCCAAACGCAGAGGCUUCUUUCCCAGACAACAAUUUCUUGCUUCACCUCAGCACCCUCGAUGACAUCAACCCAGGAGAGGAGAUCUGUAUCAGUUACCUAGACUGCUGUCAGCGGGACCGGAGCCGUCAUAGCCGACACAAAAUUCUGAGGGAGAACUACCUGUUCGUCUGCUCAUGUCCAAAGUGCAUCUCUCAAAUGGAUGACCUGGACCUGACAUCGGAGGAGGAGGAGGAGGAAGAAGAGGAAGAUGAGGGGGAAGCAGAGGGAGAGACAGAGGGGGAUGAGAUGGAGGAUGAGAUGACAGAUGUCUGAUGGGAAAGACUCGUCCCUGUUAUUCGUAAAGCCCUCCCGUGACCACCGCACUAAGGAAGCUUGAAGCGCAGCGCAUUUGAGACCAACCUCAAAACAUGAUUUUGCAUAUCGCCAAAACUAUCCACAUAGGUUGUGUAAGGAGGGAGAAAAAAUAUCUUGUCACAAUAAAAUGUAUCUUAUUCUUUGCCCUGAUGUCAUGGAUAUGUCACUGUAAUUGUGCUAAAAUGAUAAAGGAGAGUAUUUGUUAAAUGCACACUUCCUCUGCACUGAGGAAAUGGCCAACAAUAAUUAUUUCAUUCAGUUUAAAGUACCUAAGGAUGUCAAAUUUGUCAGUAAGCGAAAGACAAUUGACUCUCAGAUUUUGCCAUUUACAAGGUCUUUCUUACAAGGCUAUGCAUUCUGUGUAGCUGCUGCUGUAGCUCUUCUGAUACUUACAUAUAUGGGUAAACCAAUGAUGAUUAAAGAUACUGUCAUAGAUAGAUUUCCAGCCAGUGACAUACACUUUGUUUCAGGUAUUUGAAAAAACUUGAGGUAAAGUAUGGAGACCUUGAGUGGUAUCCAGCUUUAAUGUAAAUAUAUGCCCUUUUAUUAGGAACUAUAUUCAAUUGUGGUUCCACAUGAGUGAAAUUGCUUUUAUGGACUACAUUUAAGUCAGUGCUUGAGCAAUUACUGCAGUCUCCAAUCCCAAUAUUUUAAUUGUCACUAAGGCUAAUAGGCUUUGGCAGUUGUAAUUUUUAUUUAAAUUUUUAUUUUACCUUGGUGUAAGAAAAUGUUCCCUUUUUUUUUUUACAAAGUAAUUUUGCUACUGAAACUGAUAGUUAAAAAAUGGGUAGCUAUUGCCACCACUCUGUUUGGGUUAACAACUGUUUGGGUCAUCUGUGUUCGUUUACCUGCAAGACAUGUUACUGAUUUUGCUGUAGGCCAUUUGUACAAAUUUGACGUGAUUUUUGCAUGUAGGUCUUGCAUGUCUCAUUUCACGCCAUACUGGUGAGUAGGUGGGUUAAAUAGGACAUUCUGCAACCCACCCCACCACUCCGACAGUUUUGUGCCUUGUGUUACUUUUCAGUCUAGGCUGUGCCAACUCCAGGUGAGACGUUGGACUGAAAUGCAGAAUGACUAAUGCUGCCUGAUUAAUUAAAGAUCUUACA